AUGUAUGCAGGAGCCCCGGAGAACGUUACCAUGGAAACUGGGAAGCUUGUAGAAGCCCGGCAAGUCCUCUCCACAGGCUCAGACAGUGGACUUUCACAGAUCCUCACACUGGUCCUUGAUGAGUUGGGUCUGUUCUACCACAGAGAUGUCAAUGGAAUUGGGGUACUGUACAGUUUGCUCCAGGCUCCAUGGCUGCAGUCUUUACUAAAGGUACAUGACUGCCUACACCAAUACAUAAGAAAAAGGCCUACACCUAUUAUACCAAAGGCCCGAACACUAUCCAGUGAGGUAGUGAAUGUAUUGCGUGAGGCUCCACCUUCUUCUGAUUCUCGUGAAUUAAGACGUCUUCUACGAGGCCCACACUUUAAGGCUCUCUUGUCUGCUCAUGAUACUGUGGCACAGAAAGAUUUUGAACCCAUUCUUCCCCCACUGCCAGGUAACAUACCUGAGAAUGAGGAGGCUAUGCGGAUUGUGUGCCUGGUGAAAAACAAGCAACCAUUGGGAGCUACAAUCAAACGUCAUGAAAUAACUGGAGACAUAAUUGUUGCCAGAGUGAUCCAUGGUGGCCUUGCUGAUAGAAGUGGUUUAUUGUAUGCUGGGGAUAAACUGGUGGAAGUAAAUGGUGUUCCUGUGGAAGGGUUGCAACCAGAGCAAGUGAUUCAAAUUUUGGUGCAUUCUGAAGGAACAAUUGUAUUUAAACUCAUUCCUGUUGGUGAUCGUACCGUGAGCAGUCACACAAUGCUAUUUGUCCGGGCAAUGGCAGAUUACUGGCCUCAGCAGGACCCAGCUAUUCCCUGUGCAGAUGCUGGUUUACCUUUCAAAAGAGGAGAUAUCCUACAGAUAGUGGACCAGAGUGACUCCAUGUGGUGGCAAGCAAGAAAAGCCUCAGACCUCAGUAGGUGUGCGGGCCUUAUCCCAUCUAACCACCUUCUGAAAAGGAAACAACGAGAAUUUUGGUGGUCUCAGUCCUUCAUGACUCAUUCUUGUCUUAAAGCAUCCCACUAGGAAGAUAUGAAGAUAGAUGAGAAGUUUGUUGAAGCUGAUGAGGAAACAUUUGAGUCAGAGGAAUUAGCAGAAGAAAAGGAAGACUUUGGCACUGAUGGAUCAGGAUAUGUCAUUGCUGGUUUUCGGAAAAGUAUGCGGCUCUGCCGUAGAAAGUCCCACACCACUCAUCUGUCCUGUUACUCCCGCUGCCCCAACAGCUGUUACCACACUGUGGCUGCACCAUAUGAGGAAGUCGUAAGAUAUCAGAGGAGGCCUUGUGAUCACCACAGGCUCAUCGUGCUUCUAGGACCUUCAGGAGUUGGAGUUAAUGAACUAAGAAAACAGCUUAUAUUUUCAAAUCCCAGUUUAUAUAAAAGUCCAGUGCCACACACCACACGCCCUAAGAAGAGUUAUGAAGAGGAUGGGCGUGAAUAUUUUUUUGUAUCUAAAGAGAUAUUUGAAAGUAUGGUAUAUAGUCACAGUUUUCUGGAGUAUGGCGACUACAAAGGACAUAUGUAUGGUACAAGUAUAGACACAGUGAAAGAAGUUCUUGCUGCAGGAAAAAUAUGCAUCAUUGAUUUGGAGCCACUGGGUAUCACUGGAGCUAGAACACAUGAGCUGAAACCAUAUGUCAUAUUUAUUAAACCACCGAGCAGAAACUGCAUGAGGCAUACUCGAAGAAAUGCCAGCAUGAUCACAGACUAUUUUGUCAAUAUGAAAUUUAAGGAAGAGGAUUUCCAGGAUAUUGAAGAGUCAGCAAAGAAAAUGGAGGCACAGCUCGGACAGUAUUUUGACCAAGUGUUGGUUAAUGAUGACCUGCAGUCUGCCUGUGUUCAACUCGUGUCCAUAGUCCGUCGUGCUCAAGAUGAGCCACAGUGGAUUCCAGCAUCUUGGAUCUGUUCUGAUUCUUGAAAAAAAAACAACAUGUUUAAUACAGUUAUU